AUACAAUUAGCAUAUUUUUUGGUGUUAUAAUUUUAUUUCUACUGCUUUUAAUAAUAUUGUUGCCAAAUAUAUUUAUUAUAUAAAUAUCAUAAUGUUAAUUUUAUAAAACAUGGUCUUUAGAAAUAAGAAUCUUAAUUUUUGUGCUCCAGCUGAUUAAAAAGCGACAUAAUAUUGUCAACAUUGGAUUUAAUAUUAAUGAGUCAAGAUGUUUGCAAGUUUAAAAAGUAAAAUCAAAGAAGAAACUGGCAGUGAUAUAAGUAAAUUAACAAGUAGUUGGCGAAGUGGCGCUUUUUUAGGCAGAAUAACUCUGAGAGAUGAUUCCUCUACAACAAGCCCAUCCAGCUCUGGCGGGCCAGGUGAUUCUACAUCAGAUUCUAUAUCGCCACAAUUGCAUACAUACUUGUCCGAUCGGACAGGAGCUACAGUGGACCACGCAGCUUUACAUCAACAAUAUACAGAGCAGUUGGAAGCACAGCUGAGAGAAAAGGACUUGUAUUGGGAACAGAAGAUCGAGGAAAUGAAGUUAUCAUUGGCAACUGUACAAGGCGAAGAAGCCCUGGCAGCACAAGCAGUAGCUCGCACAGCUCAGGCCGAAGCAGUGAAAGCUAUAAGUGGUAGAGAUGCCAUGGAGAAACAACUAGCUGAAUUCAGAACGCGACUAGCGGCAGCUGAGAGCGCACAGGACAAGCUGGAUGCACUCUCAGAAGAAGUGGAGCAAAGUCGUCGUGAAUGGUCACGGACGCGUGCGGAACUGACCGCGGCGCUUAGUGCUGCAGAUGCACGGGCACGAGACCUGGCCGACCAGCUGGCGGUCGUAAAGGCUGCCUUGCCUGUGGGGCAUGAAAUGCAUCAUAUGCACGACGACGAUAAACGCGAAUUUAAACCUACCGGCUGCGAGGAUUACGACCGAGUUUGCCGCGAGAGAGCAGUGUUGACGCGACAACUACAGGAGGCCAAGAUGGCGCUCGCUGAUGUCAAGACGUCAUGGAGUGGGCAGAUCGCCGCGUUAGAGACACAGGUGGCAAGAGUAUCAAGACAGGCGGGAGAAGAGGGUGCGGAGAGGCGGAGAAUUGAAGUAGAGAAAAAGGAAUUACGUGAGAAACUUGAUAGUAUGGCAGCUGAACUAGAAAAAACUAAACAGAAUCUCGCCAACAGUGAAGCUAAGGUGAGCCGGCUGAGUGCAGAGGUCCAAAGUCAGGCACGGGAACUGAAGACACUGAGGGCCGCCGACAUAACAACUGAGUUGGAAAAUCGAAUAAGAGCUCUUACAGAAGAAAACAGGGAAUUGUUGGAAGCUUUGGAGACUGAGCGGGGGUUGGUGAAGGUUCUAGAAGCUAACCUCGAAGAAUCGAACAGGAUAUGUGAUGAGAGCAAGGAAGAGGUGGCCCAUCUUAACACUGCCAUGACAGACAUGCAACACGACUAUAUGGACUUACAGAGGAAAUAUGAAAAAGAGAGACGAGAAAAGGACGAGGCGUUAUUAAGAAACGCUCACAUGUCGCAAAACAUUGAGAUGAGUCAAUGUAACGUGCGGUACCUAGAAAAUGAAGUAGUCGACCUAAAGGCCAAGAUUACUGAGGUCGAAAGCAUUGUUGCGCAACACAGAGAGAAUCAAGCCGAGUGUUUGAUAAUAAAAGAAAACGAAAAAGCGAGAACCAAAGAAAUCGAAGAUCUUCAGAGGAGAAUUGAGGCUUUCACGGAAAGCGAAAAUUCUCUUAAGAAAAGCAUACAAGACUUAGAAACCGAAAUCUGUGAUAAAAAUAAGAAAAUUAAGACUUUAGAUAACCGAAUAUCGGACAUGAAAAAAACCCUACAGAGGGAGUUACAAAGCAGUAAGACGGAUCUGACAUCAGCUGAAGAACAGGACAUUAGCAGACGAUACUUGAAGCACGUUGUACUUCGAUUCCUAACAUCCCGUGAGUUGGAGGCGCGACAGUUGACUCGAGCGUUGUCUACGUUACUAAGGCUGUCUGCUCAUGAGGAGGCUUUGCUCCGGGCAGCUCUGCCCGCUCGUACUGGCCUCGCCGCCUGGUUCCCAUCGCUCAACGCAUGAGAUUAUAAUCAUUCUUCAAGUGGUAUGGUAUCGAGCUGACCAAUUCGAAUGUAAACUCCCAACGCCUGGUCACCCUAAAACUGAUGUCUUGGGUGAACAAUGGAAUUGUCUGCAUUAGACGUUAAUAUUGUCAUACUACACGUCUUAAACUACUAGUUCAUAUGAUCAAUCUACACUCAGAGUAUCUCAAACUGAAUCUGCUUUGUAUUGUAUGAUUGAACAUACACUCACCAGAAAACUUCGCCUUAUAAUCAUAAUAGCAAUAUUGUUAAAACACUGACUUUAUACCCGCGUAUAAAGUUUUUGAGGGUAGUAUUAACAAUAAACACUCAGAGAGUUGUUGGUAUCACUACAAUUUAUUCAUGUUUUUUGUGACAAUCCACGUGUCGCCUGGGUCGGUUGUUACCUGUUGUUGGGCUCCAACACUGGCUGUCACAGAUUACAUAUAAGCUACAAGGACAGAUAAAAUACACUACUCGCUGAAUAUAACGUGGACAGUUUAUUUAAAGGGCCUUAAAGAGACGGAUAUAAAAAUAUAUCCAAGUAAACAUAUUUUGGUUCUAUUUUUUUGAUUGAAACGCAUCAUGAUCAUGUCAUAGAUUUAUUUUUGUAGAAUUAUUGAACGUAUUUAUUUUUCUGUUGAUUUAAAUUAUUUACAUUGUUUAACGUGAGAGAUUUAUUUUUAACAUUCCUUAGAGUAUUAUUUGAAUUUUGAAGCAAGUACUUACUUAAUUUGUGAUUUUUUGUGCGACAAUUAUUUAUGUCUGCAUUUAUUUAUGCUGAGAGAUGUUUUAAUUGGUAUUCUGUAUAAGUAACAAUUAUCAAACGAGAUAAUAAUCGCAAUAUACUGAAAAAUGCCUUAAGAAAUUGAGUAAUGCCUUCUUUAUACCUAAUUAAUGAUAUUUUUUUCAAAA